GGGACAAGAGCGAGUGAGUGUCAGUGAUGCUUGAAUGAGGUGUAGAAGGGAAAGAAGAGGGGGAGAGAUCAGGGUAGAAGGCAGGAGGGGGAUCUCUGUGAGGACCUGAUGAGGUUCUGAGGCAAUGUCUUUCUGCUUUUUCCCCUCUCCCAUCCCGAUAACCUGAAUCUUUGCCGGAUGUGUCACAACUACUCCAGCUGUCACUGCACCGGCUGCCUCUCUCUGUGUCCUCCCGCAGCCUGUGAGAGCUGCUCCAGUGGCUGGACGGUGCCCUGGCACCCGCUGAAUACAUGGAUGAACACUGGCUCUACAGGGGAUCUGUGCUUUCUUGUCCUUUGCACCUCUGAUCUGUUUCUUAAGGAAAUAUGGUGAGCAAAGAGGACACCAAAUGCGUUGUUCUCUCAAAUUCGGAUGAAUCAGAUUCAGAGACGGGCCCGUCACACAGCCUUGAUGCACAGUCCAGACCAGAAUCAGGCAAGCAGCAAGUGAAGAAGAGAAACAAGGCCUUACAGGUGCGUUUUAAGGAUAUAUGCGAUGCUCAGAAUGAGCAUCGGGGAAGACACUCCAGAUCCAUUUCCUGUAAAGUAACGCACAGAAAAUACAUGACCAUGCCUGCCAGGCGCUCUAUUCCAAACGUGACCAAGAGCACGGGCGUGCAGACCUCGCCGGACCUCACUAAGCGAUACAAGACUUUUCCUUUCGAGAGGAAGAAAGGACAUACAUUCAAACAUGCUGCUUUAGUGGAAGAUUACAAAGGACAAAACAACGGGUUUUUGAGUGACAUAAAGGCAGGAGGAGAGGACGGACAACCUAUCGGGGAGACUUCUAAAUACAAGGGAAAGAUUGUGGGGCAGACAAAAGCAUUGCUUCACCACACCGAUGACAGCAGUGAUAUAGAGGAUUUGCUUUCCAGUGCCAACUGCGUGGACGGACCCUCUUGUCCAGACUCUUCACAUUUCUCGGAAGAGUGCCAUCCACGCAGCUCUCCUUCCAAAAGAGAACCAGAAUACCAGGUGUGUGGGACAAGGACCAAACACAAAGGAUUACCCAAAGAAGAUAUGGACGCUGGCACUUCCUCAAAGCGCCAGCUGGCUAACUCAGAGUUUUCACAGGACAAAACAAAGGGCUCCGGCCCCGUUGUGUGGACCUCUUUGACACAGGUGGAGUCUUUAGGAAGCCCGUCUGUGAGCUGUAAACGGAAAAAGGGUACACAGCUUAACGAACAGCAGUCACAGACACUUCCCCACAGUGCCAAAUGCUCUGCACAGUCACAAGGGCAGUGUCGGACAAGGCAUGUGUCAGCCUCCUCUAAACUCCAGCAAACGGUUGGGGGGGACGAGGGCUUCCCUCCAAGAGACACGCGAGCCCCAGGCAUGGGGAGCAUCCAGCAGAUAAUGCCCUUAUCUGAAGACAAGGAUAUCAAAGCACAGCUGCAGGCCAUGGAGAGCCUCAUCAGCUCGAGCCAGGAGACCAUCAAGGUCCUACUCGGAGUUAUUCAGGAGCUGGAGAAAGGUGAAGCACAGAGAGAGGGGCUCUCUUACCGAACGGGACAAGACACAGCAAAUUGUGACACUUGUCGAAACAGCGCAUGCAUCAUUUACAGUGUCGAGCUGGACUUUAAGCAGCAGGAGGACAAGCUGCAGCCCCUGAUGAAGAGACUCUGCCCCAUGGACAGCCAACAAUGCCCCGCUCUGCCUUACCCCAACGAGGUCUUCACAUCCACGCCGAAGCGCAAGACCAAGACAGAGUCCAAAAAGCAUGCUCGCUGGAAACUCUGGUUCCUCUAAAUAAAACAUGAAUACAGCCUUUUUUUUCCCCCCACUGGGCGCAUUAAUACCCCCUGUUAUUCACUGAAAUGGAUGAGGGAGUAUUCUGAGGGAGCAAUCAACAUUUGAGGAAGGAUAACGACAGAGCCCGGCUCAUUUGGGGGUUUCCGAUGUUGAGACUGCACAUUAAGUCAGCUGGGGGGGAGGAGGGGGACAGCAGAGACACCAAGAAAUAAAACAUUUUAAAUUCUGUCACAACCUUUUUCUGGCAUGUUUGCUGAAGAGGGAUCAACACGCGCCUGCAACAACUAGGUGAGCUUUGGGAUCCUCUUGUUUCUACAUGUAUUUUUCAUACUGUGUAAAGAUGGAUGUUAUUUAUACACUGAGCGAAUGAACCUCUCACUCUGUACUUUAUGUGUGUGUGUGUGUGUGUGUGUGUGUGUGUGUGUGUGUGUGUGUGUGUGUGUGUUUUUUAUUUAUCACAUCCUCCAAUGCAGUGCACUUUUUGGUCUCUUUCUCACCCUUAGAGCAUAUUGUUUGGCAACAAGAGGAGGCGCCAUGUGGAGGGGCCCUUUUUAUGAGCGAAGCUAUAAUCUUUGAAUGGACAUCAGCCUCCCCCCCACACCCCGACUCCAGCAAAGCACAAACAUUUGACUGUUGAGAGGAACAUGCAUAAAAAAAAAGAAAGAAAGACUGAAACACAGUACAGUACAUGGCGGUGCGUCAGCGCUGUCCUUAUAACCCUGUCUUCUCUCCUCUUCCUCCUUAUCUGUCGACGUCCUGCUCAGUUUGUCUGUCUGACUGAACGUCUGCCUGCCUUUGUUAAUAACCCCUCUCUCCCUCUCUCCCUCUCUCCCUCUCCCUUUAUAGCUCUCUCCCUUUAUCUCCCUCUAUGUUUUUUUUUUUUCUUCUUCUGUCUCUCCAUUUAGCUCUCUCACUGUGCAACCAACCGACUAGCCAGCCAACCUUGCCUCACUCAUCCUGUCCCUUUUUCUUUGUUGGCUACACUGACGCAUAACGUUUGAAAUCUAUAUUUUGGAAUAUCUGCUUCUUUUUAGCAGAGUACUGUGAAAUGAUAUUUUAAAACAUAUAUAUAUAUACGUUUGGGCCCCUCCUCUUGCAGCAGGUACAAUUGUUGAAAUAUGAAAAGUCUUCUGGGUAAGGUGAGAUUUUUUUAAACAGCAUAUAUAUAAAAAAUGUUUUGACUACUUCUAAGGCAGAAUAUUUUCUAUGAUAACUUAAACUUACAGUUGUUUUUUUUUUCUUUUUUUUCCAACAAAAAGUAAAAGCUAUUUUGACAUUUAUCAUCGAGUCCAUGAAGAGUUUGCCUUUGCCUCUCGGUCACUCAUUGUGUCACAGCAAAGCCUCUGAUGUGAAAGUCUUCAACCUGAUAUGUUUUCAGUCAUUUGUCUCAUGUCGACCAUUCCAAGAGUUGGAAGUAUUGAUUUAUCUUGCCUCCGCAAGUUCCGUCGUGUACAACAAGACAACUGUUUAUUUCUUGGAAGACGUUCACAGAACAAACACCUGUCCACCAACCCACACAAACAACUGUGCACUGAACUUGUACGAGACGAAGGGCUAUAUACAGUGCUGAAGGAGCAUGGUAGCAACCUUACAGCAGAGAGGACUUGUAGCCACCAGCUUUGGUUAAGUACAACAAAACAAAAAGACUGAUGAUGUAGCAAACGACACUGAACUUGCACGCUGUUACAAAGCAGGUAUUUACUGAGUUCUUAAAGUCAUUUUUAUAACAGCAGCUCUUGUGUAGAUUACGGUACUGUUAGAUGUCUGAGAAAUGUCAGGAUGUGACGUACAGGCCUCCCAUCGUUAGACCGCGCAGCGUAGGUUACAUUAUUCAGGUUCACCAAUAUCCAUGCAAAGAUCUGUACCUUGAGAAAAGUGCAAUUUUAGUGAUUAUGUGCAAUAUUAUGCAUUUUUCUACUGUUUCUACAUCACAAUUAAAACAUUUUCAACUGAAGGUGAUCCGGUGUGCUGCUAUGUCUACUGAAUGCUAGAGGCGAUAGAGUUGCAAA